CUCUUUCGUUUUCUAGUUGCUUUAGAUGGAGGGAAGUUCAAGUGAAAAUAAAGAAGAGACUACACACACAGAAGAGUACAAGCUUGAACCUUUAUCUGAACUUCGAGUUGAGGUGGACAGUGGAGCAGAAGUAGAGUUAGAGCUGACAGAUGGGAAAGCAGAGGUGUUUGGUACAGAACUGGUGAAGGGGAAGAGGGCCACUUUCCUGCCAAGUUCAAAGUUAGCUGUCUUCACAUGGCAUGGAUGCAGCAUCAAACUAAUUGGUAAGACUGAAAUGGCUUAUGUCUCAAAGGAAACUCCAAUGGUGAUGUACUUGAAUGUCCAUGGAGCAUUGGAACAGAUGAAACGGAAGGCCAGUGAAGAGCUGACUCCUGGACCCAGGAUCAUGAUUGUUGGACCUAAGGAUGUUGGUAAAAGCACCGUUUGUAAGCUGUUCCUGAAUUAUUGUGUACGAGCUGGCCAUGCCCCAUUAUUUGUGGAUAUUGAUGUUGGACAAAGUAUGAUUUCAAUCCCUGGUACCCUGGCGGCAGCAGUUGUAGAAAGACCUGCAGAUAUUGAAGAUGGCUUCAUCCAGUCCGUGGCACCUGUUGUCUACCAUUUUGGCCAUUUUAGUCCCAAUGAAAACCUUGCUCUGUACAACCUCCUCAUCAGUAGACUAGCAUCAGUAAUCCAGUUGAAAUGUGAGGCAAAUAAGAAAACUAACCUCAGUGGCGUCAUCAUCAACACAAGUGGCUGGGUACGAGGUGGAGGUUAUCAAUCGCUAGUACAUACAGCUGGAGCAUUUGAAGUGGACAUCAUAGCAGUGUUAGACCAAGAGAGAUUGUACAAUGAAUUGGUGCGAGAUAUGCCAGACUUCGUGAAAGUUAUCCUGCUGCCAAAAUCUGGAGGGGUCGUUGAGAGAAACGCCCACAGCAGAACAGAAAGCCGUGACAGCAAAAUCAGGGAAUAUUUCUAUGGAAUCAGAAACACAUACUUUCCUCAUUCGUUUGAGGUGAAGUUCACUGAUGUCAAAAUUUACAAAAUAGGGGGUCCACAUUUACCUGAUUCUUGUUUACCAUUGGGAAUGAAAUCACAAGACAGUAAGACAAAACUUGUUCCAGUUCAACCAGGUGUGAACUUAAUGCAUCAUGUGUUAAGUAUGAGUGCAGCCACAACUUUAGAAAAACUAGUCGAAGUGAAUGUGCUGGGAUUUGUAGUUGUAACCAGUGUUGAUGCCGAGCGUCAAGUGUUUACAGUGCUGGCACCAGCUCCUCGACCACUGCCCAAAACUUACUUACUACAGAUGGACAUACAAUUCCUUGAUAUAAAAUAACCAGACCAGACACCCGUUAUUUAUUUUUUGAAAAUCAAAGACAAUUAUUUUUUUAUGCCCCCCUCCCUCAUUUAUGUAUAUAUUGCUAUACAUAUUUAUUUUUAAUUCCAGCAAUAAAUAUUCUUUUUAAGGUUUUAAA